AUGCUUGCUCGUUCACCAUUUAUUUCAACAAUUUUUAAAAGAUCAAUUGGAUCAGUACGUACAAGCACAGCUACAGCUACGACAGCAACAACAACAACUAUUCCAAAACAAUAUCAAUUGUUCAAUUUUAAUAAAUUAAUUACCAAUUUCAAAUCAUCAUCAUCAAGAUCUUCUGGUACCAAUAAUACUUUCAAAUUAUUAUUUGCUAGUACUGGUUCAUCAUUUUUAUUAUUAUCUGCAUUUGCUAAAAAAAUCCAUAAUGAUACUGGUAGUUUAACCCAAUUACAACAACCAUCAUUAGAUUUAUCAACUACCACUAACGGAUCACCACAACAACAAUAUCAUGAAUCAAGAUUUAAUAAUUAUUUAAAUUAUGAAGAAUUAACUAUUGGUUCAAUGGUUGGAUUAUUUUUAGGAGUUAUAAUUGGGAAAUUAUCUCAAGUUAUUGUAUUUGUAUCAUUACUGAGUUAUUUUUUAAUUGAAUUUUUAGAAAAUAAAAAUAUUAUUCAUAUUCCUUGGAAUUAUUUUAUUACUAUUGGUAAAGAACAAAUUAAUUUAAAACAAUUAUUUUUCGAAAAACCAAGUUUUAAAAUUUCAUUUGUUUUAUCAUUUAUUAUUGCUGCCUAUAAUGUAUAA